CCUCCCGUUCCGCAACACACACACAAAUCGCUGGAGAAACUCAGCAAGUCUGGCUCCAGAGAUGGAACGGGAUAAACAGUCGAUGUUUCCGGAUGAGACCCUUCAUCAGGACUAAACCGACUGAUGACGGCCCUCCUGGACACUGCCUCACCUGCUGAGUAUCUCCAGCGUUUCCUGCACCGUCUCAUGUGUUUACUGUUUGGUAAAAUGGUUGCUUUGGCAGCCAAGAACAAACAGGGAAUUUGCGUGUGGGAGAGGAGAAGGUCACGGACCAGCAUGGCAGAGGAAUCGAUUAUCCGCAUUGCCCCCUAUCACUACAUCCACGUUCUGGAUCAGAACAGCAACGUGGCCCGUGUGGAGAUCGGACCAAAAACCUACAUCCGGCAGGACAAUGAGAGAGUUCUGUUUGCCCCGGCACGUAUGGUGACGGUCCCUCCACGUCACUACUGUGUGGUGGUCAACCCCGUGGUCCGGGAUGAUGAGCAGAGGCCGCUGUUGGACAGUUUUGGCCAGGUCCGGCUGAAGCAUGGUGACCAGGAGGUGCGGCUGGCUCAGGACCCUUUCCCUCUGUAUCCGGGAGAAGAAUUGGGCCAGGGAGCCACCCCACUGCAGGUAGUGAGGACCAACACAGCCCUUCACCUCCUGGCCUUGCUGGAUUUCGAGGAUGAAUCGGGAGAGAAACACGUGGCUGGUGACGAAUGGCUCUUCGAGGGGCCAGGAACCUACAUCCCCCGGAAGGAGGUGGAAAUUGUACAGACCAUCGAGGCCACAGUGAUUCAUCACAACCAAGCCAUUCGUCUGAGAGCACGGAAGGAGACUAAAGAUAGAGAGGGUCGUAAUCGGGUGACGGGGGAGGAAUGGCUGGUUCAGAAAGUGGGGGCAUAUCUCCCAGGUGUGUAUGAGGAGGUACUGACUGUCGUGAAUGCCUACAUCCUGACCGAGAAGAGAGCUCUCCACCUACGGGCACUGCAGACUUUCAAGGAUUCCCGAGAUCGGACCAGGCGGACAGGCGAGGAAUGGCUGGUGACACUGGAGGAUGCGGAGGCCUACAUCCCGGGAGUGUACGAGGAGGUGGUGAGAGUGGUGGAUGUCACCACACUAGGCAGCCGCCAGUACUGUGUGGUCCUCGACCCUGUGGGCAUAGACGGCAAACCGCAGCUGGGGCAGAAACUGGUGGUCAAGGGAGAGAAGUCGUUUUUCCUUCGCCCUGGUGAGCAGCUGGAGGACGGGAUCCGGGACACCUAUGUCCUGUCCGAGGAGCAGGGUCUGGUACUACGGACAGUUGAGGGUUUUGACGAUAAGGAUGCUGAGGGUAAGGUGAUCCCUCGAAAGCCUGGGGACCGAUGGAUGAUCCGGGGUCCUGUGGACUAUGUCCCACCAGUAAUGGUGGAGGUGGUGUCACUCCGCCAGGCUAUUCCUCUCGACCAGAACGAGGGUAUUUACGUCCGAGACAACAAGAGUGGCAAGGUGCGUGCAGUGAUAGGUCAGACCUAUAUGCUGACCCAGGAUGAGGAGCUCUGGGCCAAAGUGCUGCCCCCAGCUGUAGAGGAGCUGCUGUGUCUGGACAAGAACCCAGUACUGGACCGUAGUGGCCCAGCCCGGGAUGUGGGAGUGGGCAAUAGUGGAGAGGAGACCACAAGGAGGGAUUCCACUUGUGUGGUCACCUUCCGUGUCCCCCACAAUGCUGCCGUCCAGAUCUAUGACUUCAGCAGCAAGGCAGCCAGGGUGGUGUUCGGGCCAGACUUGGUGAUUCUGGGACCCGAUGAGCAGUUCACGGUGCUCAGUCUGUCUGGAGGACGUCCCAAGCGGCCAGGGGUGGUGCGCUCCAUCUGUCUGCUGCUGGGUCCCGAUUUCUGCACUGACAUCGUUGUGGUCGAGACAGCUGAUCACGCUCGCCUCCAGCUCCAACUCGCCUACAACUGGCACUUUGAAGUGUCAGAUCGCAGCGAUCCUAAAGAGGCAGCCAAGAUCUUCAGCGUGCUGGACUUUGUGGGGGACGCUUGCAAGGCCAUUGCCUCUCGAACCCGGGGGGCUGUGGCUGCUGUGCAGUUUGACGACUUUCACAAGAACUCAGCCCGGAUAAUCCGUUCGGCAGUGUUUGGCUUUGACGGGGAGCUGAAGGUGAGGGACCGGCUCGUGUUUUCACAGAAUAACCUGUGUAUCACCAGUGUGGACAUCCAGGCAGUGGAGCCUGUUGAUCAGAGGACCCGUGAUGCACUGCAGAAGAGUGUUCAGUUGGCCAUCGAGAUCACCACUAACGCACAGGAGGCUGCGGCCAGACAUGAGGCAGAGCGUCUGGAACAGGAGGCCAAGGGUCGUCUGGAGCGUCAACGUAUCCUCGACCAGGCGGAGGCAGAGCGAGCUCGCAAGGAGCUGCUCGAACUGGAGGCCAACAGCAUGGCAGUGGAGAGCACAGGCGCUGCUAAGGCAGAGGCACAAUCGAGGGCAGAGGCAGCGAGGAUCGAGGGUGAGGGAGCUGUCCUACAGGCUAGGCUGAAGGCCCAGGCACUGGACAUCGAAACAGACGCUGAGCUCCUGCGACUUACCAAGGCUCGGGAGCAGGAGCUGAAGUACGUGGAGGCGCAGAACCGCCUAGAAGUGGAAAAAAACCUCCAGUUGGCCCAGGUGGAAUCCAAGCGCUUUCAGGAGAUGGUCCAGGCCAUUGGCCCCGAGACCAUUCGGGCCAUUGCCGUGUCUGGGCCUGAACUUCAGGUUAAGCUGCUGCAGGGACUGGGACUGAACUCAACCCUGAUCACUGAUGGCUCCACACCAGUCAACCUCUUCGCCACUGCCAAAGGCAUGUUGGGAAUGCCGCUAAUCAGCGCAGACAAGGCAGGAGCAGAGUGAGGAUGGAGAGGUGGAGGAAGUGGGGUUGUCUCUGCAUAAAUAAAUGCCACUUACAAAUGAGAGAUGAGUCUUCCAUCACAUGACACUCUGCUGUUUGGGUUCCCAUCUUCUUAGACUGCACCAGGAGCCAUGUGUAGAGUCCCCCUCAUGUUAGAAUGCACUAGGAGACCUGGGUAUGUAAAACUGAAAGAUACAGGCAGGGAGGAGGAGGUGGCUACAGAGGGCAAUGGAGGGGCACUCUGUAAGGCAGCAGAGAGGGAAUUAUGACUACAGGUUGGGGGAUUUGGAGAGAGUAAGGGAAUGGGAUGGGAAUCUCAAACAGUGCAGCAGAGGAACAGACCUUUCAGUCUAUCAUGUCUCUCCUGCUAAUACGAUAUCCAUCUUUUUCCAUGUCUAACAACCUCUUAAACACCUCCAUGGUAUCUGCCUCUACCACCACCCCUGGCACAAAACACCUACCACUUUGUGUGCAAAAUAAACUUGCCCUGAACAUUUCCUUCAAACUUCCUCCCUUCUCACCUUAAGUGCAUGCCCUCUGGUAUUAAACAUUUCCACCAUUGGGGAAAUAUACCAGCUCGCUACUGUUAUCUGUGCCUCUCAUAAUCUUAUAAACCUCUAUCAGGAAUCCCUUCAGCCUCUGCCACACCAGACAGCAUCCUGGUGAACCUCUUCUGCACCCUCUUCAAAGGCCCUCACCCUUCCUGUAAUGGGGCAACCAGAAAUUAAUGUAAUACUCUAGAAUUGGCCUAACCAGAGUUCUAGAAGACAGCAACAUAACAUCCUGACUCUUGAACUCAAUGCCUUGACUAAUGCCAUGUGCAAGUACAUGCACACCUUUUUUUAAUCUGUUCGGCCAAUUUCAGGGAGCGGUGGACUUGACUGCAAGAUUCCUCUGUACAUCAAUAUUGUUAAGAUUCCUGCCAUUAACUCUGUCCUGUCCCUUUACAUUUAACACCUCAAAGUGUAACCUCUCACACUUGCCUAGAUAAACUCUAUUUGCCAAUUCUUUGCCCGUGUCUGCUACUGAUAUACAGUAUAUCCUGCUGUGUCCUUUGACAAACUUCUACGCUGUCCCCAACUUCACCAAUCCUUGUAUCAUCUGCAGACUUACUAUCCAUCCAUCCAUGUUUUCAUCAGGCCAUUUCUAUCUCUCAAAAACAGCUGAGGUACCUGCUGGUUCCCUGUGGAACCCCACUAGUUGCAGACCUCCAGGUAGAAUAAGUCCCAUUGAUAUUACCCAGUGUCUUCCAUGGAGAAGCCAAUUCUGAAUCCAGACAACUAAUUCACUGUGAAUCCCAUACUUCUUAACUUUCUGGAUAAGCCUCCCUUGAGAGGCCUUUGUUAAAUGGCUUUUGAAUGUACAUGUAGGCUACAUUCACUGCCCCACCUUCAUCAAUCACCUUCAAACCCCCCCAAAAACUCAGGCAAGUUUUGUACAAAGCCAUGCUGACCGUCCAAAAACUGUUUAUGCUUUUCCAAAUGUGAAUAUUUCACAAACAUUUCUCUGGAAAACAGCCAGUGAUAGCCUGUGCUUUUCAGCACCAUCCCAGCUAUACACAGAGGAAUCCCAUUGGUUGAGACGAGAUUCCGCAGAUGCUGGAACACUGAGCAACACACACCUCGCGGUGGAGGAAUUCAGCAGCUCAGGCAACUUCCAUGAAAGAAAAUGGUCGAUGUUUUGAACUGACAUCUGGCAGGUUGGAAGUGUAGAAGGAUGAGGGGUGACCUUACAGAGGAGAAUAAACAUUGAGGGGCAUAGACUGGGUGAACGUGCACAGUCUUUUUCCCAAAUAUCAGAGGGCACAGGUUUAAACUGAGGUUUAAUAAGGACCUGAGGGACAACUUUUUAACCCAGGGAAUGGUCUGUAUAUGGAAGAAAUAGGUACAUUAACAACAUUUAAAAGACACUUGAAAGGGUAAAUGAUUAGGAAAGGGUUAUAGGCUAAGUGUGGAGAGAUGGGACUGGUUUAGAUGGAAAUCUGAGUUAUAUGUGAGACUCAGAUAAUCCAUGAUUAUCCCUAUUUCCCCUGUGAAACAAUGGAAUAACAUUAACUAUUCAGUGAUCCUCUGAGUUCCCACCUGCUUCUAAAGAUUUUGAUCAAGACCCCAACAAUAUCAGCUCUUGCCUCUCUCAAUAACUAGGGAUGUAUCCCAUUUGCUCCUGGGGUCUUAUCCACCUCAGUUUUUUCCAAGAGAUCAAACACCACAUCUUUCUUCAUCUCAAAUGACCUAGUGUAUUAACACACUAGAUACUGAUCGCCCUAUCCUUUAUGCCCAUCACUUUGGUAAGUACUGAUGCAAAGUAUUCUUGGAGGAUACAUCCAAGCACAUUUCUCUCCUUUAUCUUUGAGUGGUCCUACCCUAGAAUUUAGCACAGUGCAGUAAUGGCCCUUCAGCCCAUGAUGUUGUGCUGACCUAGUUAAACCCACUCCACCAUUAAUCUAACCUUUUCAUCCUGUAAAACUUGUAGCUCUUCAUUUUCCUUAUAUCUAUGUUGCUAACUAAAAUAGCCCUGGUCUGCAUUGUGGACAUGCUAUGUUACCAUUGGAAUAUGUUGUGACACUUGCAGGCUGCCCCAGUACAUCCUUGAGUUAAUGUAAGAGACACAUUUCACUGUAUGCUUUGAUGUACACGUGGUAAAUAAAUGAAUCUGAAUCUG